AUGGAUGGGCUUGAUGAUGAUUUUAGAGGGUUCGAUGAAGGCUUCAAUGGAUUUCCUAAAAGACUUCCCGAUGAUUGUGUGGAAUACUCACUUUACAUCAUUGACGCCAAGCUGAAAUCACAAAAGGAUUUACUUAGCAAGUUAGAGGAUGUGCGGAAAGAGUCUUUGAAACUUCUGAAGGAUCUUACUAAAGAUUAUAUAUGGCAACGGGAUGGCUUUAAGGUGGAAAUGAAGAAUGAGAAGGGCUCAAUGUAUCUUAACGGCAUUACAAAUUAUGGAGAUUCGGUCGAAGACGAAUGGCUUAUUGUGUAUAUACUUAAAGAAUUGAGUAGUCGAUUUCCUACAUUAUGGAUCAAAGUUGUGGACUCCGAUGGCGAGUUUCUACUGAUUGAAGCUGCAAAUGCUCUACCAAGGUGGUUGAAUCCUGAAAUCGCAGAUAACAGGGUAUGGAUUCAUAAUAAUGCUCUUCACAUUAUACCAUUGCGUGCAAUCACUGAUUCCUCAACCAAAACCCCAACUGCUCCAAUAACUCGAUCACUUACCUUAGAAGAAGCCCAGAAAACCAUAUCUUCAACCCCAGAAAUACUCAUACGCUCACCCAUGAUCGAAGAAGAGGCAUUUUAUCGUUUGCGAAACUACCCGGCCCAAAUUGCAGCAUCCCUUCAUCAUGCUCGCAUCACAAUACCGCGGAAAGUUGCCUACCUACUACAUCUUCGCCCAACCGCUAUAGCCCCGGCAGUCGAAGCAUUUUAUCUUCGUGAUCCAAUUGCACUCAAGCCUCUUCAAACUCCCUCAUCUAAACUUGCAUUCCCUCCAAAGGAUUUAGUCACUGUCUCAACCCGAUUUACAAAAGUUCUCUAUGCACAGCUGAAGUCGCAACAGUUUUCUGCCCCUAUUGCAUGGAAGGAUAUUUUAACACCGCCAAAGAACGACGCAGAGUUGGAAAACUUUACAAGAUUAGAAAUGGGAAUGAAGAUCACUUCAGGAUUCGAAAUGCUAGUUACAGAUACGACAAAUGCCGAUCAUCGAUCCGUCAGAGAGAUCAAUAUACUUCUAGAGGAUCUCGAGGAAGACGCUUCCAAUCUUCCUAACGAUGACGAGAUUCUGACGUGGAAGGACAAUAUGAGAGAGGAUGAUGAGAAAUGGCUCGACAUCAAUUUCGAGGAUUUCGAGAGAGAGCUAGAUGGAAAGAAUAAGGACAAGAAGUCGGCUGGAAUACCUGGAGCUUUUGGACCGGAACCCCCGUCCGGAUUUGGCGAUGCAAAGACUGAAGCUGAUUUAAAGAAAAUGGUGGAACGUUUUGAAGCUUUCCUAAAUGACGAUGAUGCCGGUCCCGACGGUGCUGAAAUGGACGAGAUGGAUGUUGAUGACGAUGAAGACGACGACGAAGACGACGAUGAUGUCGAUGAUGAAGACAGCGAGGAGGAUAAAGAUGUUAGCUUUGAUGAAGUGGAAUUUGCAAAGAUGAUGAGAGAGAUGAUGGGUAUGCCAACGGAUGACAUAAAUGAGCCUGCAUCUCGAUUCAAGCCAGGUAAUUCCCGCAGGGUUGAAGAAAUCGAUAGUGAUGAUGACAAUGAAGAAGGCGAUGAAAUGGAGGAGAUACAAAAAGUGAUGAAGAGGAUGGAAGCAGAAUUGAACGAAGCUGGAGCGCUCAAUUUAGAUCCAACCCCAAGCAAGAUUUCUACCCUCUCCGGAAAAGGGAUGAGCACUGGAAAGGAUAAGCAACGAGCAGAAGUAGAUGAGGAGGACGAGGAAGAGGAAGAAAGCGAUGAGGAACUGGACAUCGAUUUUAAUCUGGCGAAAAAUCUGUUAGAAAGUUUCAAGAGUCAAGGAGGCAUGGCUGGGCCCGGGGGCAAUCUACUAGGUAUGAUGGGUAUGAAGCUACCUCGCGACGAAGAUGACGAAGGAAGAAGUCGUGGAAAGAGACCUGAAUAA